AUGGCUUUAACUACUAGUAUGGAUAGCUUUGAAAACAUACUAAUGUUUUCUCAAAAAUCAGUUCCUACUCCAUUCUUAAGCAAAACCUAUCAACUCGUAGAUGAUGCAACCACCGACCAUAUCGUCUCAUGGUCGUCCGAACAUCAACACUCAACUUUCGUUGUUUGGCGCCCACCCGAAUUCGCUCGAGAUCUCCUUCCAAGGUUUUUCAAACACAGCAAUUUCUCAAGCUUCAUUCGUCAACUCAACACCUACGGUUUUAAAAAGAUCGUGCCGGAAAGAUGGGAGUUCGCGAAUGACUUCUUCAAGAAAGGUGAAAAACAUCUCCUUUGCAACAUUCACCGUCGUAAAAUUUCAUCUCAAUCUCAACCUCAUGUUGCUAAAUCCACGACCCAAUAUCACUUUCCUACUAAUUUCUUUCUAAAUCCAAGCAUGAAGAUCGGAGUUGGAUCCAUGCAGCAGGCAGCUAUGUUGUCGGAGGACAACGAGAGGCUCCGUCGUAGCAACACCAUGUUGACGACAGAACUUGCCCGCAUGAAAAGUCUUUACAAUGACAUCAUUUACUUCGUUCAGAACCAUGUAAAGCCUCUUGCCAAACCUAGUACCACGACGUCGAUGAUACAUAACCGUCGUGGAAACGUUAGACCGGUGGAAGAUUCCGAAGGCAAAGGGUGUGAAUUAACUAAGCUAUUUGGGGUCCCAUUACAAUCGAAAUCGAAGAAGGCUCGUUUAAUUAUGGAUAAAGAUGAUGAUUUAUUGCUAAAUCUUUAA